AUGCAGGCCGUUCCAGAAUCACGACAGCAGACCUUUGAGGAGAUUUAUGGACCUCCUGAGAAUUUCCUCGAAAUUGAGGUCCGGAACCCGCAAACCCACGGUACAUCACGGAACAUGUACACUUCGUACGAAAUCGUCUGUCGUACCAACAUCCCCGCUUUCAAACUCAAGCACUCGAUCGUGUUUACGAACCGGUUCAGCGAUGACGUAAUUGAGCAUCGGCGCAAGGGAUUGCAGCGGUUCUUGGAGGUCGUGGCGGGACAUCCGCUUUUACAAACGGGGAGUAAAGUGCUGGCGAGCUUUAUACAGGAUCCGAACUGGGAUCGGAAUGCGUGGUAA